CUCAAGUACACAACACUUCAAGACUCCACAUCAGCAACGUAACUGGCUGGAAUGAUCGCCCAUCCCAGAAGCAUAAUUUACUCGGGCAAAAUAUUUAUACAGAGGCGGACCGAAAUCACUUACAACAAGUCCAUUCACUAAACCGACUGGAAACAGCCCACGAGACAGACCGCACCGUCUUUUUAUCCGUACAAAUAUAUUUUUGUAAGGAAAGUCGCUGCUUACUUCAGACAAUCUGUGUGAAGAAGUACUCACCAUCACCAUGAACUUUUUGGCUCUUCUACACGCGGCGAUACUCAUUUCAGUUUGUGAAAUUCUUGGAAAUCAUCAAACACACGCUGGCAUGUGCUGGCUGCAGCAGGGUCCAGAGCACCGCUGCGACAUGGUGCUCAUGAGAGGUGUAAGCAGGGAAGAAUGUUGCACGGCUGGCCGUCUGGACACCGCAUGGUCAAAUACCAGUCUGCCCAUCAAUGAAGUCAGCCUACUGGGAUUCCUGGGUAUAGUUUCUUGCAAGCCAUGCAAAGAAAACUGCGAGGGUGUGAACUGUGGCCUUGGAAAAGUGUGCAAGAUGAAGGGUGGACGUCCACAGUGCGUGUGCUCUCCAGACUGUUCCAACAUCUCUACUAAACACGCUGUGUGUGGGAGCGAUGGGAACUCGUACAAAGACGAGUGCGCCCUUCUGAUGGCUCGCUGUAGAGGUCACCCUGACUUGGAAAUUAUGUACCAAGGGGAGUGCAAAAAGUCCUGUUCUAAUGUCGUAUGUCCUGGUACGCACACCUGUGUGACGGACCAGACCAACAGCGCCCACUGCGUCAUGUGUCGCACCGCACCCUGUCCAAUGCCCAUGAUCAAUGAGCAAACCAUCUGUGGCAACGAUAACAUUACUUAUCCCAGUGCAUGCCACCUGCGUAGGGCUACCUGCUUUCUGGGUCGCUCCAUAGGCGUUCGCCACUAUGGACACUGCAGAAGUAAUGAAGAAAGUGAGGAAAAUUCACUCUACUAAGGAUGCCAGCUUUUCUCCCCUAUGUACAUAUUAUAACGGCACAUAAGACAUGAGAGAGACCCUGUUUGAAACCUUAUAGCAUCACAACAGGAUCCUCUGUUUCAAAAAACCCCGCUAGUAUAAUUUUAAACGCAUGCAAUACAUACUUAAAGGGAAAUGUGUGCAUUUGCUUUGCCCGAACUGAUGAACUGACAAUGUGCAUAUUGUAAAUAUACUACAAACUACUAUUUAUUGGAGAAAUGUAAUGAAGUCAGCGUUAUUUAUGUUUUAACACGUUUGAGACACCACAUAGUAUCCAUAGUUCAUCUGCCUUUAUUUUCAACCACACUCCGAAUAAUGCCACACGCAUAAUGCAAUACAUCUCUGUACACUAGUAUUUAAAUUUAUGUUAUCAGUGCUACAUUUUAAUGGGAUAGUUUACUUAAAAAUAAACCCAAACACGUAUGAUUUUUCUGUGAACCACAACAGUAGUUUUUUUUUUAAAGUUUAGUUUUUUUCUCAUGUUUAAUGAAAGUGGUGACCAGGUGGUUUCAAGAUAGAUAAAGUUGAGUGUUUUAUACUAUAGAGUUCAAGGUUUUAUUUAGUAAAAUCCCGCUUGACAUGAUAAAUUCCUUUCAUGUUUCACAGAAGAACAAAGUCAAACGGGUUUCGAAAGACGUGAGGCCAAGUUGUUUAUUUUUGGGUGAACUUUCCCUUUAAAUGCAGCACAUUGCAACAUUAUUACUUCACACAGUCUUUGUUAAACUUGUCAUAGGUUGGAUACAUCAAUCACAGCAAAAUCAUAACCAUAAAAACACAAAAAUGGCCAUGCGGUUGAAAAUCGUAUGGAUGUGGACUAUUUACUUAUUGAGAUAAAGUUUUGUGCGUGUGCUGGUUGUAUUUGCAAGGAUUACUCAGCCAAAACAGCAACGCUUCCAGACCUUGCGCUGCGGUGGACGCUACAUUGGCACGAAGACAAAACUGAGCCACCCACAAAGCAAUGAAAUUACCAGCUACAGUCUAAUGGUAGCAGUUUUUACGAGGGCACUGGGACGGUGAAAAAAUGUACAGUACAUUCGACUGUUUUAAUGGUUUUCACAUUUUUGGGCUUUGUUUAUGUCAUUUCGUGUGCCUAGUUAUUGGGUCACUUGACCUUGUUGUGUACUUUUACUGGUGAUAAAGACAAUUUGAAUGACUAGACGUUGUAAAAAGUCAGUCCUUUGUUUAUUAUUUUUAAUUCCCAGUUCUGUGAAUUGUAUUGGUUGUAUUGUACCGAUAUGUGUAACCUUUAUUUUAACCUUUUUGUAAAUACUUUUGCAGUAUCAUGAGUAUAUACUGUGAAAUUAUCAAAACACCAGGUUAUUUUUGUACUUACAUUUCAUUUUAAAUUAAAACACAAAAUAAAUGUUGUGUUAAUUCCUAUGA